AUGGCAGCGCAAAAGGGUUCUGAAAGUAGUAACGAUCAAGCAGAUGCCAGCCUAAAUGAGCUUGUUCGCCGUUUUUGGGAAGUCGAGAGCUGCGAGUAUGUGGCCACAAGGUUUAGUAGGGAGCAGCAGGAUUGCGAAAAGCAUUUUCGCAAAAAUGUUACUCGGCUACCAUCCGGUGAAUACUCCGCAAGAUUGCCAAUGAAGUCUAGUGUUGACUCGUUAGGGGAAUCAUAUACUCAAGCUCAUCGUCGAUUUCUCAAUCUGGAGCGCAAAUUGCAGCGGCAUCCUGAUCUUAGGAUGCAAUACUCAUCAUUUAUUGAAGAAUACUUGAAGUUGAAUCAUAUGUCGCGUGUUCCUGCUGAGACCAUUGAGCGUUGCAAGUAUUUUCUGCCACACCACUGCGUGCUAAAAGCCGAUAGCACGACAACAAAGCUUCGUGUUGUGUUCGAUGGUUCGGCAGCGACAUCCACUGGAUAUUCGUUAAAUGAGGUUAUGAUGGCUGGUCCUGUUAUACAGGGCAAAUUGAUGCAUAUACUUCUUCGCUUCCGUACAUAUCUGGUGCCACUAACAGGGGAUAUAUGCAAGAUGUAUCGAUGUGUGCGCAUGGCUUCAGCAGAUAGCUAUUAUCAAUACAUCUUAUGGCGCGAUUCGCCUAAUAAAGAGCUGCAGAUUUUUAAGCUGGACACCGUUACUUAUGGCACGAAGGCAGCGUCAUUUUUGUCGGUUCGUGCAAUGCAUCAGCUGGCGCAUGAUGAAGCAGUCUCGUUUCCGGUUGGAUCUGUUGCUUUGAAGAAUGAGUUCUACGUGGACGAUUUUAUAUCUGGAGGCGAUUCAGUUGCAGAGGUUAAGGUCAAGCUGCAGGAAACCGCUGCAAUUCUAGCUCGUGCAAACUUCAAACUCAGGAAAUGGUGUUCCAGUCAUGCCGAAGUAUUGUCGGAGAUAGUUGACGACGAGAAAGAGUCGUACAUGAGGUUCAGCGUUGGUAGCGAGAUCACAAAAACUCUUGGCUUAGCGUGGGAUCCCUCAUCGGAUCGGCUGCUGUUCUCGCUGUCGUUCUUAGAAGCUGGUUCCAAGCCGUGCAGGUGGUCUGUCUUAGCCACAAUUGCACGAUUUUAUGAUCCGCUAGGACUUCUUGGACCCGUCAUGACCAAGUCCAAAAUAUUUCUACAGCAGCUCUGCAAGGAUAAGUUGACAUGGGAUGAGAGUUUGCCUUUGCAGCGAUACACAGCCUGGGUAGAAAUGUGCAGCAGCUUUAAUUCCAUUUCUAGUCUUUCAUUCCCGAGAGCUGUUCCUGCUGCUGGGUGCCGUGUCGAAGUUCAUGGAUUUUGUGAUGCCAGCGAAGAGGCCUACGGCGCUUGCGUAUAUGUAGUGUCCAGUGGACGCACUUCUCAGAGUCGGCUGUUGUGCUCUAAGUCCAGAGUCGCACCACUCAAAACUAUAUCAGUUCCCAAGCUGGAAUUAUGCGGUGCUUAUCUUCUGGCCAAACUGCUUCAUGCAGUUAGAAACAUGGGUUUUCUUGAUGAGGAGUUCUUUUGCUGGAGUGAUUCAUCGGUGGUACUCUCAUGGAUAAAGGAUGAUCCAUACAAGUUCAACGUUUUUGUGGCAAAUCGCGUAGCGUCUAUUCAGGAUCUUACCGUCAACAUGAAGUGGCAACAUGUUGCCACGGCUUUGAACCCUGCCGACGUACUCUCCAGAGGUACAACUCCAGAAUGUUUAGCAGAGUCCAAGAUAUGGUUUCAUGGACCAGAGUUUCUUGCUGGAAAUCGAGAUGGAUGGCCUUCACAACGCUGCUUAGAGUCUUCAACGUUGGAAAUGCGUAGUAAGGUCAUGAUAGCCACGUCCCCGUAUGAUGAUAUCACUCUUCGUUGCAAGUACCUUAACACGUUUGCCUCAAUGCAGCGCGUAUAUGCGUUUGUGUUUAAAUUUGUUAAUCGUAUAAAGCAUCCAGGCCUCAACGUGGUAGAUGUCAACAAAGGCACAUGGCUGCUACUGCGAUUGGUGCAGUUGUCAAAUUUAUGGAGUGAUGUCAAGGAAAUUCGUUCGAAGGGCUUCGUCAAGAAAUCGAGUUCAAUCGCUUCUUUGUUGCCGUUCAUCGACCAAUUUGGACUUCUGCGUGUUGGCGGUCGGCUAGCCAAUUCAACUCUUCCCUACGAUGCUCGCCAUCCUAUUAUAUUACCUCGACGGCAUCCCAUUACGUUGGCGCUCAUCGCUCACCAUCAUAAAAAUAAUCUUCACGUUGGAGCUAGAGCAUUAUUAGCAAAGAUUCGGUUACAAUAUUGGCCGAUUGGCGGACUGCGAACUGUGUCGAAGGUUGUUCGCAAUUGCAUCGAAUGCUUCCGGGCCAAGCCCACUGUGCUCGAACCAAUUAUGGCCAGCCUUCCGAAGGAACGGUUUCUGAAUUCUCACCCCCCAAUCAAAUGCUACAUCAGCGUAUUCAUCUGCUUUGCUAGCAACGCGAUUCAUCUGGAGUUGGUGAAAGAUUUGACAACUGCCGCCUUUCUGGGAGCGCUAAAAAGAUUCGUGUCACUUCGUGGGAGACCUAAUCAGAUUUGGUCCGAUAAUGCGACUUUGUCGGGGCCAAAAAAUGAACUUCAUGAUGUCAAGAAACUUCUCCUCAGCGAUCCUCAUAAGGAGUCAGUUCAUCGUGUGUGCCUGAUGGACAACAUCGAGUGGAAGUUUAUUCCUCCUCGUUCCCCACAUUUUGGUGGACUAAGGGAAGCAGCAGUCAAGAGCGCAAAGCACCAUCUGUAUCGUUCUGUUGGUCGCUCUAUUCUCAACUACGAUGAGCUUCGCACUCUGGUUUGCCAAAUAGCGGCAAUAAUUAAUAGUCGUCCAUUGCUAUCAAUUUCAGAAAGUCCUGACGAUUUGGAUGUGCUGACUCCCGCUCAUCUACUGUUUGGUGGUCCUCCAACCGUGAUUUUUGAGCCGGACCUAAGUACGCUGGACUACAAUCGGUUGGAUGGUUGGCAGCGUGUCACUCAGCUGCAGCAGGUCUUCUGGAAUAGAUGGCGGGAGGAGUAUCUGACUCUUCUCCAGCAAAGAUCUAAGUGGCGCACUCCUGAUCGUCGUCUCCAAGUCAACGACGUGGUCUUGAUGAAGGACGAAAAUUUGCCUCCUUUUCGGUGGUGCAAUGAACACGGUGCAAUGCUGUAA